AAGAGGAGUCAAAUUUGAAAGACAAGUGUGGAUCUGCUUCAGAUUCCCCAUCUCACUUGUUAAUCAAGUCUUGUCCAAUUCUCAUCUUUUCUCCACCUCUCCUUUUUAACACAGCGCCUUUUAGCCGCGUCUCCUUGCUGAUAUAACAAUCAUCGAGGCCUCCUCUCUCCACAUGACCUUCAACCAGUAAAGGGCAACCAUAGCCACCUUCAAAUCAAGCUUGCGGCCAUGGCUUUUUGUACAAAAUCAUGGGGAACAGAGACUAGCUCCUCCUGUCACUAUGCAUCAAGCCUCUCCAGUCAUUAUCAAGGGAACAUGUUGUCCCAUGGCUUGAAAUUAAAGAGAAACAUCUUUGGAGUUGCGAGAGGCUGCAACUGCAAAUGCAUCAGUGGCACUGAAGCGCUUCACUAUAACAUCACAGAAUCUGAGAAGAAAUUUGUUGAGAUUCUCAGGGAAGCUCAGCCGUAUAUUUAUUUGCACAGAGGCAGUACAUUUGUUGUGAUAUUAUCUGGGGAAGUGAUCGAUGGUCCUUUCCUGGACACCAUCCUCAAGCUUCCAUCUUCAAACAUUAACGAAGGAAAAUUAAAAAUGUUCAGUCCUUAUUCAAGUCACUGCAUUUCUCUACAAAACCAGCACUUACAAUUGUUAUCUACAAAGCUUCUCCAUGGCUUCGACAAAAAUCUUCAGUUUCUUCAACCCCAGAAGAAAACUCGACAGUUUUCUUCUUUUAUGAAUUAUAAUUAUAACGGGGGAGGCAGGACGAACUCAACGAGUCGGCGAAAGGUGUUUGGAGAGGUAGAGAGUGGGAGUAUUGAAGAGGGUUAUAAUUCGGUAGAAGACAAGCAAUUCGUCAAGUGGUUUCGUGAGGCAUGGCCUUACUUGUGGGCUCAUAGGGGUAGUACUUUUGUUGUUAUUAUUUCUGGUGAAACUGUUUCUAGUCCUUUCUUGGAUUCCAUUUUGAAGGAUAUAGCAUUUUUACAUCACCUGGGGAUUAAGUUUGUGUUAGUCCCAGGAACUCAUGUCCAAAUUAACAACCUUUUGGCUGAGAGAGGGCAUGGGCCUAAGCAUGUUGGUCAGUACAGAAUUACUGAUUCUGAAGCUUUGGCGGCCUCAAUGGAGGCUGCAGGGAAGAUUCGUAUGAUGAUAGAGGCCAAACUUUCUCCUGGACCUUCCAUAUGCAAUAUUCGUCGACAUGGUGACAGUAGUCGUUGGCAUGAUGUGGGUGUCAGUGUUGCUAGUGGUAAUUUUCUUGCAGCCAAGAGAAGAGGAGUUGUUGACGGGGUUGAUUUUGGAGCAACCGGUGAAGUAAAGAAAGUAGAUGUUACUCGUAUGCGCGAAAGGCUUGAUGGUGGUUGUAUAGUUGUGUUAAGUAACUUGGGUUAUUCCAGCUCUGGAGAAGUCUUAAAUUGCAACACAUACGAAGUUGCUACAGCUUGUGCCUUGGCUAUUGGGGCAGACAAGCUUAUUUGCGUCAUAGAUGGUCCAAUUUUGGAUGAGAGUGGACAUCUUAUUCGUUUCUUGACUCUGGAAGAAGCAGACAUGUUGAUUCGUAAGCGGGCUAAGCAAAGUGAGAUAGCUGCUCAUUAUGUCAAAGCUGUUGGUGAUGAAGAUCUCACUUUUCUUGAACACAAUGAUUCUAUUGGAAUUCUUGCAUCAUCACUGAAUGGAAAGGCUCUCAGUGGAAGGCACAGCGCAACCUUUCACAAUGGUAUUGGGUUUGACAAUGGAAAUGGACAAGGUUUUGCUAUUGGCGGUGAAGAGCUACAAAGUCGAUUAAAUGGUUAUCUUUCAGAAUUGGCUGCUGCAGCUUUUGUUUGCAAAGGUGGUGUUCAAAGAGUACAUCUUUUAGAUGGCACAAUUAGUGGAGUUCUGCUGCUAGAACUGUUUAAAAGAGAUGGAAUGGGGACAAUGGUGGCUAGUGAUCUUUAUGAAGGAACUAGGAUGGCUAGAGUGACAGAUCUUGCAGGAAUCAGACAAAUUAUACAACCUUUAGAAGAAUCUGGCACAUUGGUUCGGAGGACUGAUGAAGAGCUGCUUAAGGCAUUGUAUGCCUAUGUUGUUGUGGAAAGAGAAGGUCAAAUCAUUGCUUGUGCUGCUCUUUUUCCUUUCUUUGAGGAAAAGUGUGGAGAGGUUGCUGCCAUUGCAGUUUCUCCUGAAUGCCGGGGACAAGGGCAGGGGGAUAAAUUACUUGAUUUCAUUGAGAGGAGGGCCUCUUCCCUUGGUUUGGAAACACUUUUCCUGCUUACAACCCGUACCGCAGAUUGGUUCAACAGACGCGGCUUCUCCGAGUGUUCCAUUCAAUCGAUACCAGAGGAAAGAAGGAAGAAGAUCAAUCUAUCUCGUAAUUCUAAGUAUUACACAAAGAAGUUGCUACCUGAUACUAGUGGAAUUAGUGUUAAUAGAGCAUUCAGUUAAGGUUUUACUGCAGCAUGGCAGGGUACGGCCGACCUCAUCAUAAACCGGUGAAGCCACUUCCGAAUUUAUCUGUUCUUGUAUCUUUCUUUUUCUGCCCUUAAUUCGCUGUAGUUCUGAGCAUGGUAUGUAACAGUUUAAGGCACAUGGAAAACCUUAAAUUGUAUAUCAGAAUCUCACGAGUCUUGUACUUCAUAUAUCUAUGUAAAGUUCGUUUUUGUCCACCAGAAA